UCUAGGUUGGCCUUGGUGAAGCAGCGUAAACACACGGAAACAACAAAAGAAGAUUUUCGACGUUUGAGCAUGACGAAGCUGUAAAGUUUUGUUUCCUUUUCUUGUGCGGAAUUAAAAGUAGGUUUUGUUUCGAAACGAGUGGUUGUGUAGAAGGACGACGACAAGGAUUUGUGGUUUUAAAAAAAAAUAUAUAAUUAGGGAAUAUAGCUGGACAUCCUGCCGUGUAUCAGGAUGGUGUGCGUGUGGUGUGUGGAGGGUCGGCUGAGGACGUUGACCUUUGCGCUCUGCUCCAUACUGACCUUUUCCCCUGGACAUUCGUACAUCUACAUUCAUCUGAAUAAUAUGAGCUCCAUGCUGUUAGAGGACUGGCCCGCUCUCUUCGGUUCUCCUCUCCCCAGAGACGGACUGAUGGGUAUUCUGGUCGAGUCCCGUCCUCUGAAUGCCUGUACUCCGAUAGAUCCUCCUCCUGUUCCUCCCACUUCCUCUGAUCCCAACAGCACUGUCGGAUUCGUGGUUCUGAUCCGCCGCUUCGAUUGCAACUUCGAUAUCAAGGUGCUGCAUGCUCAGCAGGCCGGAUACAGCGCCGCCAUCGUCCACAACGUUUACUCCGACAUCCUGCUGAGCAUGAGCUACAGCAACGAAACGUUAGCCGAUGAGAUCGAGAUCCCGUCCGUGUUCACCAGCUACUCCGCCUCCAAAAUCCUCCACAGUUUCAUCAGACCAGACCAAGGGGCCUACGUGAUCCUGAAGCCCGAUUUCUCCUUCCCUAUCACCUUCUACCUCAUCCCCUUCACCGGGAUCGUGGGUCUGAUCAUCAUCGUCAUGGUGGUUAUAGUGGUGGUGCGCUGUGUGCAGUACAGGAAAAGACUGAGGAAGAACAGACUGACAAAAGAGCAGCUGAAGAAAAUCCCCAUUCACAAGUUCACUAAAGGUGAUGAGUAUGAUGUGUGUGCGAUCUGUCUGGACGAAUAUGAAGAGGGGGAUAAGUUGCGGGUGCUGCCAUGUUCACACGCUUAUCACAGCCGGUGUGUGGACCCGUGGCUCACGCAGACCAAGAAGACGUGUCCCGUGUGUAAGCAGCGAGUCACUCGCACCAACCCUGAGUAUUCCGACUCGUCUGACUCUGAGGAGGAGGCGGGGCGUCACACAGGUGACGACGGAGAGGGCGGGGCUUCAGGCGAAGAGCAGUCUGAGCGCACACCUUUGCUACACCCAUCUCCUCCGUCCACGGGCACCUACGAGGCCACGGUCGCUACGGUGACGACCUCUGCUCAGUGCCUGCCUCAGCAUGACUCGCCGUUGCAAGGAUACGACGGUUACUACUCCCCCAUGCAGGGUUCUGAAGAGGACACGGAGGAAACGGAAGACGACGACGACGACGACAACGACAACGACGACGACGACGACGACACGGCACAGCUAAUCGGGCACGGAGCCGUCAGGGUGUGAGAGCAAAGCAUCGUGGGAAGGAGAAUUAAAAACAUGAGCUUUUCAGGCUUUUUUUUGUGUUCUUUUUAUUUUUAAACCUAAUUUUGUUGUUGGGCUAGUUGGUAUAACGUGAAGUUUUAGAACUACGAUGUGUACCAGCGCCCCCUGGAGGUAAGACGCCCUUCAGGACACGCUGCUACGGCGGGAAGGAAGUUUGGUCUCGAGGUUCCUGUGCGGAGGAUUUCGCGCCGGUGGUUGUAAGAUCGUGACGUGUGUACACAGCGAUUAUUGUGCAAUACGGACCUGACCCCAGUUUGUUUUGAUGAUGUUGUUCUUUUAGGUCGAAAAGGAAAGUCCCUGGAAAUUUCCUCCCGUGUCUAAUCAGGCUGCACCAUACGGACAAAAACAACACGUGACUAGAUUAGAUUAAUUCAUAAUUAAUGAUUGAAAUUUGCCUUGUAAUCUUAACACGUUUCGACAAACUGGCGAUGCCGUCAGGCGUCAGGGUUAAACAUCUGCGGUAACUAAUUGGACCGAAAUCAUUUCUGUGGGGAUUAUUGAUCGCACAUCUGGACUGUUUGAGAUCGAGUGCAGUAUCAUCAUAACAACUAACAAAUGAGAUAUCUAUUGUGCAGCCCUGCUGAUCUUUUUAUCAUUUUCUUUCUUUCGUUUGUAAUUUAGGCUCCUGUUUCCUGUAACAUUGUCCACGCCCACACACGCACGUGUGCAGUAACACUAGGCUUCUUUCUAUAACUGACUGUAUAUUACACGUCUUCUCUUUAUCCUGUUUAUGACUCUACUGUAAAACAGUGUUUAGUUUCACCUGUAAUAUUAUUCUUUUUAAAUUUAAAAACACCCUCAAGUUGAAGAACUUUCCCCUAACCGCUCAGAAGUGUGUAUCCGCUAAUGUGAAGUGCACGUAAAGGAGCAGUUCAACCAGAAACGCAGUGUCCAGUAUUCAGUAUUCCCCUGAUCAGCAAUUUUUCGCACUGGACCUACGAAGCUAAUGUAACUAACAAGAGGAAGACGUUUACGGCCUCCAGUUUAGCACGGUGCACACACACACAAAAAACAAACAACGCAUGGCUAAUCGUCACGCGGUCGACGCUAAACAUUUGUUAGCUACGUCCGAAACUAAAGACGUGACCUGAGGGUAAAAGUGAAAUCGAAUUUGAACGUUGAUUUAGAACUUUUUCGUUUGUUUUUGUUUUUUUGCUCUGUACUGUUACUUUGAUUAACGAGGAAGUAAACAAGGGUGCAUUUUAAAGCACGAAUAAUGUAUAAUGUAUUGAAUUUGUGCCUGAAUUGAACGCUGUCCAUAAUCCGGCUCUCUUUAGGACCCGCUCGGAGCGUCGUGACUUUUAUUAAACCACAUCUGUGUGAUUGUAAUUUUAUGUUUUGAAAAAAACAAACAAAAAAAAAUGUAUAACUGAAACUGAGAUUGUAUCACAUUAGUGUGUGUGUGUGUGUGUGUGUGUGUGUGUGUGUGUGUGAGUGAGGAGAAAUGACAGAUCCAGGGUUAAUCUGUUUAUCUUUCUUUCAGUCUCUGAAUGGAAUUUUUGAACAACACUAUAAUCGAACACUUGUGGCACACACCUGGGACCUGAGCUGUUCAUUGAGUAAUGUUCUCUUUUGUUGUUGUUGUUGUUGUUGUUGAUUUUUGUUUUGGUUUCCCAAGAUGUUAGAAAGGUGUGUGUGUGUGUGUGUGUGUGUGUGUGUGUAACUGCAUUCCUAAUGUACUACACUGUUUAGCUUUUGUGCCAUCAUAAAGAGGAUUUUUAUCUA